GCAUCUUGGAAGGCGUGUCUUGCUGUGAGAAGAGAUGUGCCAGCCCAAGCCACUGCUGGCCCUGCUGCUCAUGCUCUCCUGCCCGUGGGCCAAUGCCGGUGCUCUUCGGGGUCAGAUUGUGGGCGGCCACGAGGCUCAGCCCCACUCCCACCCUUACAUGGCAUACCUGAAGAUAGACAUGUUUGCCUGCGGAGGCUUCCUGGUGGCCCCUGACUGGGUGAUGACGGCCGCACACUGCCUGGGGAAUACCACGGUCAUCCUGGGGGCUCACAACAUCCAUGAACCAGAAGCGAGCCAGCAGGUCCGGGGCGUUCUCAGCUACCACCAGCACCCUGAAUACGACCCCAGAACUGUAUCUAAUGACAUCAUGCUGCUCAAGCUGACAGCAAAGGCCACUCUCAACGACUAUGUCAAGACCAUUCCACUGCCUAAGACCAGCAGCGACCUCCCCACAGGCACCAAGUGCAGCAUAGCCGGGUGGGGCCUGAUCGAUAAUGACCAGGUGACCGACAAGCUCUUUGAAACCAAAGUCUCCAUCUAUAGCCGCAAGAAAUGCAUCCGCUUCUAUCCACAUCUCAACACCGGCAUGGUCUGUGCCGGCAGCUUCCACGAGCUCAGGGAUUCCAGCCAGGGAGAUUCUGGUGGGCCCCUGGUAUGCAAUAAUGUGGCACAAGGCAUCGUUUCCUUCGGGUAUGACACCCCACCUGGUGUCUAUGCCCGCAUCUCCAACUAUCUGCCCUGGAUCAAAAAAACCCUGAAGAAGUAGCAGCAGUAGCACUCGUUCUGGCAUUGGCGCAGCCCUGGAGACUCUACUGGUUUCUUCCUGGCCCUGCUGAAGGCUUGGCUCCCUCCUCUCUCCUUGGGGACCUGAGUGACCUGACCAGUGCACACAAAGGUUCCCUUCUCUCUGCUCUGAGGCUGCUGGCUGUCCCCUUCCCUGCCCAUCUCAGGCAGCCAGUUCAGGGCCAUGUUAAACCACCCUGACAGAAGCAGGGAUUGUCCCAGAUGGCAUCAGAAAGAGGCUGUGCUACAGCAGACCCCAUUUCUCUCAGAGAUAAGCCUGUCCCUGCUUGAACCCUGCUGCAGUUAAAAUACCCACAGUAAACUCAAA